UAAGCUUUCCGCUACCCUCUAGAACGCUUAGCUUUGGAAGCUUUACGCCAGCUGACGCCCCGCUUUCGGCCCCCAACCCCAAGUGGCAGGCCGUGAAUGCAUUUUCCAGCUGCGUAGCAAAUCAACUGGUGUCGCACGGAAGUGUUCCAUGCACUUUCUUUAAUUACAGUCGAGAAAAACAUGAAAGGAUUGACCGGGGGUGCUGCACCACAACGUAAUGGAUCGAGAGGAAAUUGUAUGGGUCAGGAAGGAGGACGCACGGGUCCCCGGCAAGCUGCCAAUCGUCUAUUCAAAGAGCUACGCAGUGCGCUUCCAUGGCCUUGAACGCCUGCACCCCUUCAACGCGGCCAAGGGCAAGCACAUACACAAGGCUCUGUGCGCCGAACUUUCGCUGGUCGAAGGCAGCUUCUACGAGCCCGAGGAGCUCACCAAGCACCAGCUGCGUCGCAUUCACACCCGCGAGUACCUGCGCUCACUCCGGUGGAGCCUGAACGUGGCCCGCAUCGCCGAGGUGUCGCUGAUGGCUUUCGUUCCCAACAAGUACCUGCAGCAGGCCUAUCUGCGUCCGAUGCGCUUCCAGGCGGCCGGCUCCAUUCUGGCCGGAAAACUGGCCCUGGACUAUGGCUGGGCCAUCAACUUGGGUGGCGGCUUCCACCACUGCUGUUCGAACAGGGGCGGCGGCUUCUGUCCCUACGCAGACAUCUCCUUGCUGAUUGUCCGUCUCUUUGAGCAGGAGCCCUGCCGCGUACGCCGCAUAAUGAUUGUCGACCUGGACGCCCACCAGGGAAACGGGCACGAACGCGACUUCAACAACUGGGAGACUGUCUUCAUACUGGACAUAUACAAUGCUUUCAUCUACCCCAGAGACCAUGCCGCCAAGCUGAGCAUUCGCUGCGGCGUGGAGCUGCAGAACCAGACCGAGGACGCCUACUACUUGCGGCAGCUCAGCCGCUGCCUGAUGCAGUCCCUGGCCGACUUCCGGCCCGAUGUGGUCAUCUACAAUGCCGGCACCGAUGUCCUCAAGGGAGAUCCCCUGGGGAACCUGGACAUCUCCGCCGAGGGGGUCCUGGAGCGCGACCGAUUGGUGUUUAGCACUUUCCGUGCCCUAGGCAUCCCGGUGGUCAUGCUGCUCAGCGGUGGCUAUACGAAGGCCUCCGCACACGUCAUUGCCGAUUCAAUUGUCAAUCUCCGGCAGCACGGACUACUGGACUGAGGGAAGACAUCGGUUUUAAAGAGAACUUGUAUUGAUAUUAGCAGUAUUUUACGAGUGACUCACCGCAAUGGAUGGAAAUGUAACUCUGGC